AUGUUUGCUAUAGAGGAAAUCAACAAGGACCCCAAGAUGUUACCCAAUGUUACCCUAGGAUUCCACAUCUAUAACACCUACCCAAGUGAUGUCAGCACCUUGGAGAGCUCCUUAAUGUGGCUGUCAGGACAGGGACUGCCUGUUCCAAAUUAUCACUGUCAGAAGCAGGGCAAGUCUGUGGCUGUCAUUGGAGGAGCCACUUCUGAAUUGUCAGUCCAAAUGGCUACCCUUCUUGAGCUCUACAAAUAUCCACAGAUCAGCUAUGGGCCAUAUGAUCCCAUACUGAGUGACAAGGCCCAUUUUCCAGAUAUUUAUCAACUGGCACCCAAGGAAUCCACUCUUACCCUGGGAAUGGUACAAUUAAUGGUACAUUUCAACUGGACAUGGGUGGGACUGGUUAUCUCCGAUGAUACAAGGGGAGAAACAUUCCUCUGGAAUAUAAGAGAAGAGAUGACCAGGAAGGGUGUCUGUGUGACCUUUACAGAGAAGAUUCCUACCUCUGAGAAAUACACUAUUAAUUCCCAUACUGAUAUCAUGUUAAGAAUUGACAGUUACUCUGCCAAUGUUAUUGUUAUUUAUGGAGAUGCCAAUUCACUAAGGACUCUGCAAUAUGCAUCAGUGCCUUACUUCAUAUUAUCAAAAGUGUGGAUUACCACCUGCCACUGGGAUUUUACCAUAAGACCCCAUGACAGUCCACCCAAUAGUUUCAAUAGAGUUCUGACAUUUUCAGGUCAGACAAAAGAGAUUCCAAAUUUCAAAGCUUUUCAAAGAACAGUUAAACCUAGCAAAUACCCAGAAAAUAUUUUUCUUCAAAGAUUUUGGGACUCAGUUUUUAGAUGUCCACAUGAACACAACAAACCAAAGCAAGAUUGUUCACAAAAUGCUUCCUUAGAGAUUCUGCCUUUACGAUUUUUUGACAUGUCGAUGUCUAGUCAGAGUUACAACAUCUACAAUGCUGUGCAUGCGGUGGCCUGGGCUCUACAUCAAUUACUCUUAACUAAGUCAGAACUUAGAGAUGAAGACAGUCUUGUUAUGUAUCCCUGGAAGCUGAAUUCUCUCCUUAGAGACGUCCAUUUUAACAACAGUGCUGGUGAACAGAUAUUCAUGAAUGGCAAAAAGUUGUCUGAGGCAAACUAUGAUAUUAAGUAUUUUGUGAACUUCCUUAAUGGUACAGAACACAUGAUGAAAGUGGGAGAGUUUAUUCCUCAAGCUCCUCAUGGUGAAGAUUUUUCCAUCAAUGAAAAUGUCAUAAUGUGGAAUGAAUAUUACAAAAAGAUUCCCCUUUCAGUGUGCAGUGAGAGUUGUGGCCCUAGUUAUCAGAAAUCUGCCCGUGAGGGAGAACCCAUCUGCUGCUUUGACUGUAUCCUCUGUCCAGAGGGGCAGAUUUCCAAUCAAACUGAUAUGGAUCAGUGUAUCAUGUGUGCUGAAGAUGAAUAUCCAAAUGGGGAGAAAAAUCACUGCCUCCCCAAGAUGGUGACCUUUUUGGCCUAUGAGGACCCCAUGGGCAUGACUCUGGCCUGCACAGCUCUGGUCUUCUGUCUCCUGACACUUCUGAUCCUUGGCCUCUUUGUGAAGCAUCAAGACACCCCCAUAGUGAAAGCCAAUAACAGAAAUCUCAGCUACGUCUUGCUCUUCUCCCUAAGUCAAUGUUUCCUGUCUUCUUUACUCUUCAUGGGUAAACCAACCUCAGUCACAUGUCUCCUUCAACAGACAAUAUUUGGAAUCUCAUUCACAAUGGCUGUGUCCUCCAUUUUGGCCAAAACAGUCACAGUAGUUCUAGCCUUCAAAGCCACAAGACCAGGGAGUAGGAGUAGAAAGUGGGUGGGCUCCAGAGCCCCCAUUUCUCUUAUUCUUGUCUGCUCCCUGAUUCAAGGCAUUCUCUGUGGUAUCUGGCUCUUGGUUUCUCCCCCAUUCCCAGAUAUAGACCCACACUCAGAACCUGGACACAUGAUCCUCAAGUGCAAUGAGGGCUCUCUCAUUGCCUUCUACCUUGUCCUGGGCUACAUGGCAUUCUUGGCCCUGGCAAGCUUCAUUGUGGCUUUUUUGGCCAGAAAUCUCCCUGACACCUUCAAUGAAACCAAGUUCAUCACCUUCAGCAUGCUUGUGUUCUGCAGUGUCUGGGCCUCCUUCCUUCCCACAUACCAGAGCACCAAGGGGAAGAUGAUGGUGGCUGUGGAGGUCUUCUCCAUCCUGAGCUCUAGUGCUAGUUUGCUGUGCUGUAUCUUCAUUCCCAAGUGCUAUGUGAUUCUUCUCAGGCCACAGUGGAACACUCAGAACUGGAUAAAUCAUAAAUCCUAUGCCAGGGGGAGGAAUGACUCUAAGGCAUUUUCUCAUGCCUCCUAGCAAUGUAGUGAGCUGUCUGAAAAAUAACCUAAAUCAUAUUUGAUGUUAGAUAUCAGUUCACACAUGUGUCUCCAUUAUCUCCUUAUCUGACAAAGCUGUUUCUUAUUAUCCCCUUUCACUCAUAGAUACCUUUACCCUUUAGCCAACUUCUGCAUGAUUUCCAAAUUAUUAUUUUUGAUAGCCACUUUUUACACUCUUUUUAUCCUGUGAAAAUUGAACACCAGUUCAUAAUCCUUUUCUUGUCACCCUAAGAUUAAUCUUGGAGGGGUUUUCUAGUGAAUUUGAUUUCUAUUUAGUCCCCAGAUUUUGAUUGGGUAAAGAACAAGCCCCAAGGCUUAUCUGUUUGAAGAAAAUGGCAUCCAGAAAUCAGAAAGGUGAGGUGCCAUUUCCAUUCUGCAUCAUUGAGUUCUGGUACUUCUUUGUUUUUUGAAAGCAUAAAAGCUGUAAUCUGUGGAAGUAAGUCAUAGAAAUGUCUCAAAACUCUCCAUUGACUCAGCCAGUGGACUUCUGUGUGGUAGAGAACAUCUUCACAGGCAACAUUUAGCUCAGACAGAAAUUCCUGAAAUUGUCUGUGGUUUAAUGCAUUAACUCUUAUGAAGUUAACACAAGAUAUCACAAUUUUCAUAACAGAGUCCCAUGUCAGUGAUUUUACAUAGCAGUGCUUGUUGGUGGAUAAGGCAGUGUGUGACUAUUGGAAGAGAAUUGGUUACAUUUAUCCAUCUCUUGGUUAAUGUGAGCAAUUACUCCUUUCUUAGACCCCACCAUGCUAGGAGCACCAUCAGUUGUUACAUUGGCUGGUUUAGACUAGUUCAGCUCCAAAUCCUUCACAGUUUGGGGAACCUUUUCAUAGAUAUCCUCUCCUUUAGGUGUUCCUUUCAUGCUUUGCAGUGCGGCAAGCUCUUCUGUGACUUCAAAAUUGUCAUCCAUCACACAAAUAAAAAUUAGAAGUUGUGCAGAAACAUGAACAUCACUACUCUCGUUGAGUGUCAAGGAAAAAUAGGAAAGAUUUCUUGCAGAGUUUUGCAAAUGCUAAUGCAAAUUCUCUCCCAUUUCUUCAGUCCUUCAUAUAAUUGUAGAUCCUGUAAUAUUAACUAUACUAAACAAGUCUGCCUUUUCUGGACACAUCUCUUGGUCAACAGAAAGAAAGCACUCUUUAACAUUCUUCCUUCACAAAUGGUCUGCCAGUGCACUCUAUUAGCUAGGCAACUUGAAAACUUGCUCACAGUGGUGAAAUAUUUAACUGCUUCUGCUUCACAAAAGUAUUUUGGUGAGUAGUCAAUGUAUUCUUUAGUUUUAAUAUUUUUUUUCUCAUGUCUCUGACCAAACAAUCAUAUUUAUCUUUAUGUUGAGUUUGAUAGUGUCAAUGCAAAUUGUGGGUCAUUGUACUACCAUGUUUUCCCGAAAAUAAUACAUUGUCUUAUACUAAUUUGACCCCAAAAACAGGGGGUGUCUUAUAAAACAUGCAGUGGCAGUGGUGGGCUUCUCAAAGUAGAAGCCCACUGCUGAUAUCACAGACCAGAUCACUACUAUCCAAUGCCUGUAUAUAGUACUGUACGCAGUGCUAGGCCUGCAACACUGUAUACUGCUGUCUGGGACAGAGGAGGCUGCAGUGCUGACUGUGAUGGGCCUGUCACCCCUUGCCCAGACCACCUCUCACUGACCACUAAUGAAAGAGGUGCCCCUUCUGGCAGUGCAUUGGAGGCUGGAUAAAUGGCCUCAGGCCAUUUUGUGGCCUGCAAUAUGUGGUCUGCGAGCCAUAGUUUGGGUUUCCCUGCAAUUGACACUAGCCUCCAUUCUGUUCUAUAUGCACAAUACUCCAUCUCCCUACACAGAAUAUUUUCCUUGGAAUUUUCCCAUGUCUAAAGUCCUCUCAUAGAAAGAAAAAAAUUCAGCUUGAGAUUGAGAUUCCCAUAGUCAUGAUGAAACUUGAAGUAGCUGAUGUGGAGACUGAAAAUCUUAACAACUUUUUAGUAACAGCUUCUCAACCAAUAAUAAUCCUUUUACAUAUUUGUAUUGCUUACAUCAAAACAAAGGAGGAUAAUUCAUUUUUGACAAUCCCUCCUGUGAUUCUACUGGGGAAGGAACAUGUUGAAAUCCCCCAGAUUUACAUGCCUAGUCUCUCCAAUGAAUCAUUUCACAUAACCAAUUUAUACCUCUAAAGAUCUUCUGGCCAGAGGUGAAUACCAGAUUGCACUUUCUAAGGGGAACUUACAAUUUGGGGAUAACAGGUAAAUAAAAGAGAAAUAAAUCAAAAGCAAUGAUUGAUAGACAAAUGGACAAAAAGCCAAUUAGGAGGCAUUCCCCUAUGGCGUUAGAGUUUAUAUUCAGAAUAAAUGUAUUCAACACCCUUCAGUUCAGUUCAUUAUAUUCCAAAGUUAAUUUUGGAUCUUUUGAUGCAGUGUAUGGUUUCUAUAGGCUUCUUUAUGGCACCUUCUCCAAAAUAAUUCUUUCUUGAUUCACCGUGUUGGCAAGUUUCUUUUCCUGAAAUUUCUCCAAGAAAAAUUCAAACCUUGGAUUUUAGGAUAAUUAUACAAUCCCCCCUGAGGAAGAUGUUGACCAACACCAGGAUCGCUCCAGGAUACAUGACUGAGUAAUGGGGUAUAUGAAUUAAUUUAAAAAAACACAAAAGAAUCCAAAUAGAAGAGAAAAAAAUCAAUUUUGAAAAGAAGAAAAAA